AUGGGUGUUCUCACCAUUUCCAAUUUGAUGAAUGAUCUUUCUUUCAUCAUAGAUACCAAUUACCUCAUCCACACGUUCCAUCCGACUGCCUUCAUUGACAUAUUCAAUCAGAUCUACCCCCAAUUUCAAAAAGCCGAUGAUAUAACGAAACUUCGACUAUCUGAAACAUUUGAACCAAGUCAAAUCUCAUUCAAAGCUUUACCAUCAGCCGUCACCACAUCAGUUAGAGCCUUGAUUGGUCAACUUUUGAAUUUAUCAAAGCUUAGGAUUAAAAUGAUCGAAGAAGUUGUUACAGAGAGUAUUGAAGGUCUUCCAUCUAAUCCUCAAGACCUGUUGAAUCAAUCUAAGGCACGCCACCUUGGAAGCUUGCGAGCGAGUCUGUUUUCAUCAUCGACAAAAUUAGAUGAUCAGGAAAGGAUCUUAAGAACACUUAAAGAACGUUCAGAUGAAAUCGAUUUAGGAAUCCAAUAUUAUUUGACCAAUUAUGUAACUCAAAACGAAUCUAUAAUCUCAAGUGAAGCAUUAUUCAUCUCAAGUUUACCAACUACAUCAGAUCAAGAACCAGCCCAUCAGGUUCAAUCUUUAUCAUUCCAAAUCAAAUCGAUUGAUAAUCAAUCCGAUUUCAAAGAUUACAUGGUCAACUAUGCAGCUCAUUUUCAAUGGAUAAGUCUGCUCAUGGAGAAUCUGAUAAGAGAUAUAACUCAAGGAUGA